AUGCGCAUAUUAUUUACUAUUCUAUUUUUAAUUUCUUCAACUUUAAUCUUAAGUAUAAAUGGUGGAUUAAAUCUUAUUAAUAAGAUUAUCAUCUUUGGUGAUUCACUUACUGAUACUGGUAAUGUAUAUAAGCUAUCAAAUUACACAUGGCCAAUUGUUCCACCUUAUUAUCAAGGAAGAUUUUGUAAUGGUCCUAAUUGGGUUGAUAGAUUAAGUAUAACAGACAAAUCCAAUUAUGCAUAUGGUAGUGCAACAACAGAUAAUAAUUUUGUUCAAGGUCUAACAAAAUUAAAUACACUUCUAGUACCAGGUAUUCGACAACAAAUUGCAAUGUAUUUCAAUGAUACUUCGAAUAGUUCUAUCGAUUUUACACAUACACUUUAUAUAAUAUGGGCUGCUGGAAAUGAUUUAAUUUUCAAUUCCAGUGUCACCAUACCAAGUAUUAUGAAUAGUUUAAUGAAUAGUGUUCGUGAUUUACUUGCUGUUGGUGCUAAAAAUAUUCUUAUUUUUAAUCAACCACCUAUUCAGUCAUUUCCAUAUUUUAGUGUAUUGAAUCAAACUGCAAGUUUCAGUAUGCUUACUAUACAAGCAAAUACUAAUCUUCAAACAAGUAUUGAUGCAAUACAAAAGAAUUAUACAAAUAGUUCUAUUCAAAUAUUUGAUAUCAAUACACUUAUAACAAAAGUUAUUGCGAAUCAAUCAAUACCAUUUACAAAUACUGUUGGUUACUGUUGGGAUACAUUAAAUCUGACAACAGUUGCAAUAUUAUGUGAUAAUCCAUCAAAAUAUGUUUUUAUUGACGAUUUUCAUUUUUCAAAUACGACUCAUCAAUUGAUUGCUGACAGUAUCAAUUCAUUGCUAUCAUACAAUGGAUGUCUCAAAAAGGAAGAGUCUCUCAAUAUUCUACUGGUCUCUCAAAUAAUUCUUAUUUUUUCUGCUAUAAUUUUAUUUUGA